AUGCGCCGCCUGCAGAAAAAGAAAACAUCGAGUUCUCGAACGGCCGCCGUCCAAGUGUCGUCAGACGAGAGUCUCCUGACACUCGGCGGAUGGCGUGCUCCGUACCUUCUCCCCGGAUCAAUGACCGCGGAGAAGGAUCGUUGGUCCAGGAACAUGCCUUAUGCCAUAUCGGCUCCCCCUUACGCAUUCCGCCAGCACGGAAGUCUCCGAUGCGGUACCAGCGCACCGGUACCCUCCCGGCCAUAGAUAGCAUGGAAUGAGUAAACCACAACCUAAACAAACCACACAGCCACAUUUGCCACAAUAAUAGCAACCGUGCUAAUUUAGCACUGGAAUAACGAUCACCAGAGUGCAUUGUGGC